AUGCGCUCCAACCCGGAGAUGGGACUGCGUAGCCAGUAUAUCGAGCGAUUGACUCGACUAGAGCAGAAGAUGCAGAACUUCCAUGAGUGUAUUUCUCAAAAGUUGAGCACAGAGAAUUCAAAUUUGGCAGACAGAUCAGACGAUGAUGAGGUUGGCGACGCAAUUGCUAAUGUGCUAGCGCCGUAUCGAGGUGAUCCAGGCUCAUCUGGUGUACGUCGCUUCAGUCGUGAAUAUGCACGAACAGAAACGUCUACAAGUCGGAAGAACUCGCGGUCAUCGCUAUAAAC